AUGUGGGUCCCGCUAACCACAGCUGUGCAUUGGCAGGCCUACCCCUGGCGGGAAGCCAGCCAUCCCCUGCUUCAGCGGCGAAGUACACGAGCAGACGGCGCAACUGUGUUUAGCUGCUCCUUCGGCGGCCACGUUCUUGCUCUGCUCUCUCACCACAUCGUUCACGGCGAGGUUGUCGUUCCAGGAGCAUGCUAUUUGGAGAUGAUUGUCGCCGGAUGUACAACCUUUGUAGGCAGUGAACCCUGGUGUGUGGAGAACCUGGGCUUCGCAAAGCCGUUGGUGCUGCGGCUCCUGCCAGACGGGUCUUUAGAGGAGCCCACAGAGAUGCGCUUGGUCCUGUGGCCGGAUGGACGGCUUGAGGUGGAGAGCGAGAUCGGUGGCGACCCUGAGGACAGCAUUGUUUCUGUACACGUGGAGGCAACGCUGGUAAGGAAGUCUGGCGGCUGGGUCAAGACGAACCGACCGGAGCAGGACGCCAGGUAA